AUGAAAGUUUCUAUCACCUUCCUUAUCUUGGGCUUAUUCAUUCUGCUUCUUGAGGCUAACCCAGGAAUCAAGGUGAAAAUUACACAAAAAGCGUUGGACUAUGGUAAUCAAUUUGGAGUAGAGCUUCUGAAGCAGAAAUUAAAAGGAAAGACAUUUGAAGAUUGGAAUGGAGAAUCUACAUAUUGGUUUUUUGCACUCAAUUACACAAUUUCAAAGAUAAGAAUUGAUAACAUGGAGUUGCCCAAUACAUCCUUGUCGCUCAUCUCUGGCACUGGAAUUAAACUAUUAGUUGAAAAUGCUUCAGCAAUAGCUACUGCAGAUUGGAGCGUGGAGACCUGGCUAUUCAAGGAUUCUGGAAGUGCGGCUGUCUUCAUUUCAGGAGUAAAUCUCACAGCAAUUGUAAACGUGUCUCAGAAUGUAUUCGGUCAUUUAAAAUUGUCGCUUGACAGCUGUAAAGCAGAUGUAGAUGAUAUGGACAUCAAAUUGAAUCAAUCUUAUAGAUGGUUGUAUACAUAUUCUACUGCUUCUCUGGUAAAAUCUCUGUGUAGCAUGCUGGCCACAAAUUUGUGUCCGCAAGUGAAUUUUGUGAUCCAAAAGAUUAAUAAAGACUUCAGCCAAUAUCCAGUCCAAGCUCAGGUUGGUAACUUUGCAGUAAUAGACUAUUCCCUGAUAAACUCUUCAACUAUCUUGGAAUCAUCAAUUAACUUGGAUUUAAAGGGAACAGUCUAUCCAGUGGAAGAAAUCACAGAGCCCCCCUUCAAGCCAACUCCCUUUGUUCUUCUGAAUGAGAACAACUCUAUGUUCUAUAUAGGAAUCUCAGAAUAUCUCUUGCAGUCUGCUUCACUGGCUUACUUCACUUCUGGUGCUUUUACUAUCUCUGCUGAGCAAGAGGAAAUGCUUUCUUCUUAUUUCAAGUUAACCACAGAUACAUUGGAGAGCAUCAUUCCCACUAUUUCUCAUAUUCAUGCAAAGCCACUUCCAGUAAUUAUGAACAUAAGAAUCACUGAUGCACCUGUGAUUAGUCUGUAUGACAAUAAAUCCAUCCUGAAGUUUUCUGCUUCUAUGGAAGUAUUGGCAAAGAUGCCAAACUCAACCACCCAAUCCAUGUUCACCUUGAACAUAACAACCAGAACUCAUGCAGAUUUGACUAUAUUUAACCGGAGGUUGCUAACUACAUUGUGCUUGAACAGUUUCCACAGCUCCUUGGCUCAUUCCAAUGUUGGCCUCUUUGAGGCUUCACUUCUGGAUAAUUUCUUGUCUUACAUUUUACGAACUGGAAUAAUUCCAGCAGCCAAUUUUAAACUAAAGGAUGGGUUUCCUCUACCUGCCUUGGACCCAAUGAUUCUUAUGAAGCCCAGUAUUAGAAUUUAUGAGGGUUUCUUGCUGAUUUCCACUGAUAUUCAAAGCCUACGAUAACGAGGAAAUCUUUAUCUCCAAGCAAAUGUUGACUUUUUUUUUUUACUAGAUGCAUAAAGUGCAUAAGAGCCAAUAUGCAUUUGUGAGUGAGCAAAUUGGUGGAUGAAAUUUUUAAUAGUUCAACCAGAAGUUCAAAAAUGCAUAGUAUAUUGGUUUAAGAUAGCAACAAACUGAAGGUGAAAAUAUUGAUCCAACACUCUCACAACUAAAUAUCGGGAAUGGGUAAUGAAUUUCCCCAGUGCACCAAAAUGGAGCUGCUCAAUUUUGAAGACAAAAUCAAUAGAUUUCACCAUUGUGAUUUUAGCCAGGAGAUGGAGUGGUAUUAAGUGCACAGAUAGUAGUCUCCUGCUUCUAAGUCUACUUUAACACACACACACACUCGAAAUUCCCCUCCCUAUGCCUUUCAGAGACAUUACAGUAUCACCUGAUAGCCUCUUGUGGCCUUCAAGAAAAUUAAGAAGCAGAGUUGUAGUCCCCAGUCCUACUCCUAUGUAUUGCCUAUCCCUGUUUUAUAUGGCCAAAAGAUUUCUAAUUCUAGUAUAUUAUCUGAAACGACAAUUUAAUUAAGAAAGUUGAAGAAUUUGAGAGUUUUGCAAAGCUGUUAGAAACUUUGUAUUAGAAAUACCAUUAUUUAUUUAUGUUCCUUCCUUCCUGCAGUGGAGAAAAUCAUGUAAGCUUAUGUAAUAUUUUAUUGAAUUUGUUAACUGGUUUCAAACUAGCCAACGUUUUUUAAUAUGGUUACAACACACUAGAUUAAAAAGAAACCACAAUAU